CCCCAGGGGCACAGUUUGGACGAGACUGUUCUAAGAUAUGGCCAUGGGUAACAUCAAUUCGGUGUGGACGCUGCUGGUAGUGCUCACCACGUGCAGAUCGGGGGACCUGGCGGCGCAGAGGGUGGAGCUGUGCGAGAGGGAGAAGUACCUGCCGUGUCUCAACAUGGCACUCCCUCUUCUCACGCAGGCCCACCUCGUCUUCCCGGACAACAAGCGCGACAUUGACGAGAUGUGCAAGACAUGGUUAAGAUUUGAAGAAUGCAUAAAUGACUAUACAAAGGACUGCUUUACAGAAAACCAGCAAGAGGAAUUUAAAAAAGCUGUCGAAAGCCCAGUGGACCUUGUCCAUCGAAUGUGCACUGAGCAUCAGUACCAGCAAGAGUACCUUCAACAAGCAGCAUGCAUUCAGUCAACAAUCACGAGAGAAGGACACUGUUCUCCUCAUUAUAAGCGUCUGUUAGAUCAGGUUAUGGGAGAAAAUGAACCAGGGCAUCUGUGCUGUUUCCACAAUCAGUUUCGUGAAUGUGUUCUGAGUGAAACAAAACGUAAUUGUGGAUCAGCAGCUGACCCAGAGUCUGCUGUAGAAUUCUCUCAACAAAUAUUAGAUAAGGCUCUGAACUUCUUGCAUGUUCAGUGUAGCAAAUACCCAUUAAAUCCAGAAAACUGUUUACCACCUCCUACAGUACCGAUGGACAACUUGGCAAGGACGAACAAUUACUCACCAAUUAAUGAACUGGUGCAUCAGCAGCGAUCAACAGAUGAUAUGAUGUCAUCAAAAUGGCAGUCCACUGCAGGGAGCAGCCACGUGCCGUCGACGUGGACGGCGCAGUUCCCGGCCAGCACGCACAGCCCCAGCCCGUUCCACCGGCAGACGCCCGGCCAGAGCUGGCCGCCGCUGCCCAGCAGCCAGCCGCCGCCCCCCGCCGACUGGCCGGCGUCGCCCGCGGUGGCAGCGGCGGCCGAGGCGGCGCCCACGGCGUGGCUGCCCAGCGCCAGCACGGCGAGCGCGCCGCACCAGCUGGGCCUGGAGCACGCCGCCGUCGGCGCGGGCUUCGGCUUCGGCGGCCAGCCCGACAACGGCGCCGCCGAGCCCACACCGGCUGCCGCAGCCGCCUCGGCACUGCUCGCCGCCGCCCUAGUGCUCCGCUUAUAAGCAAACUGGUCUCAGCUCCUGCGGACCUCACUCUCCAGGGGCGUCGUGUACAUGUGAAAUAUGUCUAGAUCCACCAGACUGUACUCUCACAUCUGUCAUUCAGUUCUCUUCUUCGGCGAUAUUUUUCGAUUAGCCUCUACAAAUGUGGGACAACUAUUUGUCAUAUCAUUUGCGACAUGUCGAAACUGUAUAUCACACGAGUAGGUGAACGCAAGUACUUGACAUCCGCCGACAUUUCUCUUCUGACUGAGGCGCACAAGCCAACAGCGAAGGAGUAAAAGCUUCAACUUCUCGUUAGUUCUUCUUAAUUCCGACAGCUUUCUACUGCUGUUGUAUUUGCCUAGUACUCCUAGGAAUAUCAUUGAUACAACGCAAAAUCGAUUAAUGGUAAAACACCUCUAUUCCAACCGACGUAGCUGAAGCCCCCUCCACGAUCAUGCGGGACAGGUCUCAAAAAGGAAUGUACUCAACACCCCGCAAACUCACGAAGAGCAAAAUUCUAUAAUUCUUCUCAGACUCCAAAGAGCCUCUCACAAUAUCCUAUAUAGAGGGAAUGUGACCAAUACGGUGUGACUUCCACAGAGACAAAAUUAAUGCCAUUCUGCCGGCGCUACCGAAAACUGCUUCCACGAUCCUCUAGGAUCAACAUCGUAUAAACUCCUCCAAGAGUAAAAUUUCGCCAAUCUUCCUAGACUCCAAAGAACCUUUCCUGCGACCCUGUAAGGUUAGUGCCUUAGGAAUAUAGCGCCUUAGUAAUCUAAUCAACACAGAGUAAAUUCCACAAAGAGUUUAAAAAAAUCGUUGUUAAGCUACAGCCAUGAUUCAGUGGUAUCCAACUCACAGCCAUAUAUAUUCUCCCUGGAGUCCUACUUCAACAGCAUCGCGAGAGAGCCGCUUUGAGGUUUCGAAGGAAUGUAAGUGAGCCCGUGGCAUGUUUAUCCCAUUAAUCACUUUUGAGACACGACCAGGGGCUCAAUCUAAAGUUUGCUGCUCACAAAACGCAGAUGUCCAGAUUCGACUCUCGGCCUGUCCCCGCCAAAGUUUUAACCUGUCACAAAUGAUAUCUUGAGUGUAAUACAAUUUCAUUUUUUCUGAUGAACGCCAGUCACAGAGAAAUUUAUACAAUCACAUUCAUAUAAAAAGGCCCAUUUGCCAGGUCACUUACAAAUCAGUAUUCGCUAAUGUUCUCCUUUUAAUUUUCAAGAUGAACUUGCAUAACAGACCGACUUGCUUGUGGUUGACAGUAAAUUGAACAAUAGAACGGCCUAGCGAACUUGUUUCAAGUUUUGUACCGUAUGAUUCUCACUCAAGUCUUUAUACUUUAACUAACCAACACAUAUGUAAAGAAGAACUGAAAAAUCGCUUCCUCAUUAAGGACAGUAUUCAUUGUGUAAGACGAAAGUUAGUGCGCCAUUUAGUUAAUUACUUGCUUCGUUAGCUAUUUACUUAAAUUUUCCAUAAAUUAUUUACACGCCAUAUCAGACUGAUGUGGAAUGAGACGGCUUAAAUGCUAUUCUAGAAUUAAUUUUGAAGUCUGUUAAAAAGAAGGCGCCCAUUUACACCAUAAUACAAGUUUAGCAAUAGCAAAUACGUAUGCUAUUCUUUUGUACUGUACAUAUUACUAAACAUAUAAUCAUCUAUUCAACUGAGGGAAUUGCCAGGAAAACACAUAUUUUCAAUUUAUUUUAAGAAAUAACUUCGGGAUCUGUCGUAUAUUUUACUUCGACAGACAGGUGAUCACAAAUCUUUGUCGCAACAUAAUUCAUUUUUUUAGUUAAAUUCGCUAUUCAAGAUGAUAAUCAAGGUCAUUUUAAAACAGAGCCAUGACGCGCACCUAAAGCGUUUAAAUGAACGUAGGUUUCAGAGUAUGUUGAAGUCAUGGCCACUGAAAUUUCUUUCUAAUGUUAAAUACUGGUUCACUCGUAGCGAGAUACUUUCCUUUAAGUUUGGACGUCAAAAACCAGAUCGCCCUGCCACCUAAACCCCUACAUUGUCAUUACCGAUUUUUAGUUUCGCUGAAGGUGAUUUUCAAUAAAAUAUGUCGCUGACUUAUAAUGGGAUGUGAAGGCUUACUAAGUGGAAUACACAGUAGCUUUUAAGACACUGAUUCGCAUUUUAUUGGUCUUGAAUGGAUUUGAACAAACUGGCAUAUUACGGCAGAAAAAUGUCUUUAGCAUUCAUAAGAUUUUAAGACUUUUUUGUGUUUCAAAAGUUCUAAGCAUGUCAGUGUUUGCGUAGGAAGGGGAAAUAACCUCUCACCAACGUGUACCUGAUGGUUUCUUUAUACAAGAAAUUACGUAUGUUAACCUUCACUGGAAAAAUUCAUAUUUAUAUCACUGGGGAACAAUGGCUCUAUCGCCAUUUAUACAAGAAUGAUUUCAGGAUUACUUUGUGAGGCUGAAUCUAAAUAUGUUUUUGAUUUUGAUUGAUUCCCACUAGCUUUUGAGAUAAUGCGCAUUUUAUAGAAAUACAUAAAUAGAACCGAAAGUAUAAGACUGAAUGAAUAGCUUUCGCUAUUAAAAAAGUCGUUACAAACUGUAUAUAUGAACCACACAAUGGAAAUGGAGUCUGGAUAUGAGAUUAGAAAUUUCUGUCUGUUUGAAUUUCUCCUGUACGAAUUACCAGUAGAGACACGUUGCAGAUUCUAGCAGAUGUAUGGUAUAUCUGUUCCGUCUAACCUUACACCUUUCCUCCGUCACUUUGGCGCCAUGAUGGAACCUCUCACCUUACCAAAAUUUUCAUGAAAUAUUCUUGAGUGGCUGUGGAUAAACUGAACUUCAUCCUCAUCCUAGCUUCCAAAUUCUGAGAGUCUGCAAGCAUGUUGCACACCAAUCCUUCAUAGGUGCAUAUUUUACGGUUGUCGAAGAUGUUCCCUACAACAGAGAAAAAACAAUGUCAUUAUUGGUAGUGCAAUUUGAUCCAUGCAUGAGUUUGCAAAUACGAGCAGUAUCGAAGGUUUCCUGCUUAUUGCUGAGUCCAGGAAGGGAUCGCCAGACAUACGUGAAACAUUUUCUAUUUCUAUCCAUGGUCUUCACAAAUUGUUUCAUUAGACCUAGUUUUAUGUGUAGUGAUGAAAUAAUUAGUUUCUCUCUGACAACCAAAGGUCAGUUUACGAUGUUCACUACACUAGGUGUCAUUUGUUCCUUUGUACGCCAUUUAUCUUUCUCCAAUGAUCCUAUUGUGCGCUCUUAUCCCACAUGCAUAUGAAACACGAGUACUUCGUAUACCCACUUUGCAGCCAGAGCAAGAAUUUUACCAUCUUGAGAGCAACUGAUGUUAAUCAUAAAUUUUCUGCAAGAGCAUCUUUACAUUUCCAUAAAACUCAUAGAUCUGUGUUGACUUAGCAAUAGAAACAGGUGCAUAGCAGUUACCAUUUUGUAAGAGCACACAUUUCAUGCUUUGCCUCCCAUCCUCUGGUCCACACUCCGGUAAACUAUCUUAAUAAGUCGAUCAGGAAUAUUCUUGCAGUGCACGACUUUAUCACCUUCACUGAACUGUGGAAGAAGAUCUCAAGGGUUCAGAUACUUUCUUAGACUGGAGUCUCAUGUGAGAUCACUGAGUUCUUCCUGGGAGAAACUCUGAGGUACUGAACCUCUUCCUUCCUAUUCAAAUGCACUGCUACUGACACAGUCCUGUUAUUUGGCGUCUGACAGUGGAAUCUGUGGGACUAUGUUAAACACUGGUACGGAACGUCUGUGUUUUGAGGCACAGAUUGCCUUGCUGGCUCCGGAUCUGGACACUCCUGCUUACGUUUUCUGUUUCAGUUGAAGCCUUUUCUACAUACAACAUUAAAGUAACAGUCAUCGUGAUGAUUUCUUGGUUCUCCUAUAUCAUAGCACUGCAGAACAGAAACUUCCAGUUACCCAUUUUCUCUCUGUUUUAGACUUUCCACACGACUUUUACAAUUGUUAUGAGGGAGGGGAGGGGAGGGGGAGGGGAUAACUUAGCUUGGUACCCAGAGUGCAUUCUGAACUAUGCAAGAUGUGCUCGCUUGACAAAGUCAGUGAUGUCUUACCUGUUAGUGUGGAGAGCGUAUUCAACAAAAAUAUAACAGAAGUCAUCAGGAUAGUUUAAAGAACCCCUAUUCCAGCACAAAUGAAGAAAAUUUAGGCAUCCAAACUACAGUUUUGGGAAGAAUUAUCCUUACGAAAAUAGAAACAAAAAGUGUAUAAACCUGAAUGGAAAUGUAAACGCAGUAGAAUCUUAAACACCACGAUAUUACAGAAAAAAGAAAUAAAAAACAACACUAACAAUAAAAAGAUAGGUCCAGAUUUCUUGGUACAGCUGUCUGCAGCGAGGGGAAAUUGAAACAUAACGCUUUUUGAAGAAAACUGUACGUCUGAAAACUAGAGACGAUUAGCAAAAAUGAAAGUACGUUAUGAUUCAGGAUCAUCGGAACAUCCGAAAAUCCUUGCAGAAUCACCAGGAAUAUGAAAGAAAAAUAUUUUUGUACGCAGAUGAAUUAGCUGAACAAGUAUCAUCUCUCUUCUGUCUACUGCCACGUAUGCCGCACAUUUACGAAAUUUUCGGUAUAAAAGAACUAUUAAAAGCAGAACGUUAAUGUGCACUUCAUAGCAAGUUAUUUUCAAAGCAAAAUACCCUCUGGUAAUACAUAAACAUAAAGGUCCUGUAACUGCAGAGUCGCUUUAGUCAAGAUAAAUUAAAAUGGUAUGUAGUGACAUAACUGGUAAAUACUCAUAUCUAACUUACGUGCAUACUAACCUGUUAAUUUUUAAAAAGAGAAUUUUUUUUUGCUUAGUAAUAAUAGUUAAUCACUCUCACUCGAUAAUUCAGCCCUUUUUUAAAAUGUUGGCUGUUAUACUUAUGAAUUUACUAAAGUUUUCGACAAAUCGCAUUGAUGUAAUUUUUCAUUUUGUGCAAUAAAUAAUUUGUUUUGGUAUGUCAUUUUAACUUUAUUGAUUUGUGUCGAACGUGGUUACUGACUAAGUUAUCAGAUAAAAUUGAUGUACGCAUUGGUGGCAGUGAUCCAUAACUACUCUUGUAGACAAGUAUAGGAAAGAAACAUCAUUUUGCUCUUAUGAAUGAUAUAACGUUUUGUGGGGGUAUACCCGAGUAAUUUUAUGUUUACGAAGUGUAAAUAUGAUAAAAGUCCAGCAGUUGGCUAACUUGUCGUGAGAAGUAAACCGAAGUAUCUAACAGCACAUGACUGCCUACGAGUUUACAUUCGGCCUAAAUCCCUACGUGCAUCUCCAUGUAAGUGAUGGAGGUUCACGUAUUUGUGUGCCAACCAAGUGGAAUACAUUUUCGAAUUAAAUUUUCACGAGAUUGCUGAUUGGUGACAAAGGAGAAAUCUGACAGUGUUCAUUUUAUUUAUAAGAACAAGAAGCAUUCGUAGUUCCGUACGUAUGUGAUCUAGUUUGGGAAAAAAUUCUGUAUGUGUAAAAAGCAAAAAUACCCUAAUAUACGUCAAUUGUGUUAGUUGGCAGUAUUGUAUGCAAAAUUGUAAUAGUAUCAGAUAAACGGAAUUAUGUGACAUAGUCGAGUAUUAAUAUUCACAUGCUCUACGUUUUGAAAGAAACUAAAUGUUUAAAUUUCCUACUUAAGUUACCUGUUUUUCUCGAGACACUGAAUGUGUAGUAUAAAAUGAGUUUUUGUAUCUCAAACUAUUGAGUGAGCACAAAUACAAAUGAAAUGUUCAGAUGUGUUUCACAGAGCAGAAUAGCAGAAUAUCAGUUUGUAUUGCAGUGCUAUUUUAGCCUAGCUAGAAACAGUGGCUUCUUUCCUUUUCUUUUCAAUAUAGACCAUUUCUAAGGACUUCGUUCGUUUCUAUGAAGAAAAUCAAAAACUUGCUUCGAAUGUCCUGUAUUUAUUUAGAGGUUUCAGAUAGAUAAAUUUUAAUGAUGACGAUGAUGAUGCCUAACAGUUAUUCCUUACAACUCUUUACAGGAAACGUUCUACUUAUAAUUGUCAGCUGCUAGAUAAUUACAGAAAUGGAAGGGUUUACGCAGUCUGUACAGUCCAAAACACAGGAGAAUAAAUGAACCCUUAGUAAUAUUUCCUUUCUCUUAUCAACUGGCAUCCAUCAGCAGACUAGAUUUUACUUAAAACUGUUAAAAAUGCGUGAAAUUGUUUGUGUAAUAUUUUUAUUUUCUGUGUCGCUACCAGUUGGCUACACUUGUUUUAGUGUUCCAUUAGUAACAACGAUGUUAGUUACAACUUGUUUUUGGUAUAUGAAAGGUGUUUUUUAUCGAAAUUUUUCUAAUAAAUUAGCUGUAAUUAUACAUUGUUCAGUUUGUGUAUUUUCUCUUGUCAGUUGAUCUUCUUUCAACAAAUCAGUUUAGGUUUAAGUAUGAUGGAAUGAUUUCGGCACUGAGAUGCCUUUUAGUCUAAUCCUGUGUUACUUACAAAAUGCCAUUUACAUAGUGCAGCAUCAGUGUAUAUAUUAAACAAUGUACGAAAUAAACAUCAUUGUAUUGUCAAUCA